CAACAGCAGACAAGGGCGGAGCUAAAAAGCAAAUGACAGCAUAAAGAAAACUUUGUUAGCUAGUAGCCAACUUCAGUGCCUGUUCAGCGAUGUAAUUAACGCAAAGCAAUAUUGAAGAAAUCGUCAAAAAGAUGGAAUGUGGCGGAGAUGAUUCAGACCUGUGUCAGUGGGCCAGUUCAGUGCUGAUGAACAGCAGGAGUGACCUAAAGGCUCGAGUGCAGCAGUUUCUGGAGGACAGAAUGCAAACCACCAUGCUUACUGGUGUACUGAUUGGUGCUGCAGUUGCAGUUUCACUAAUUGGGAUUGUGGUGCUUUUCCUCUAUAGGAGAUUCAAACGUGCUCGUGGACAGCAGCCUGGGGUCCCUCAUUAUCGCUUCAGAAAACGAGAUAAAGUGCUGUUCUAUGGAAGAAAGAUAAUGCGAAAGGUCCAAACGCUGUCCUCAACUCCUCCCUCCUCUGCCACAGUCUCUAAGCAACCACAGCGCAUACGCAAAAGAACCAAAGUUUUGAGCAUAGCUCGCAAAAUCCUGAGGAUUCGUAAAGACCCUCCGACCCUACAGCCCAAGGAACCCCCUCCGUCGUUGCUGGAGGCUGACCUAACAGAGUUUGAUGUCCAGAGCUCAAACCUGCCCUCAGAAGUCCUCUACAUGUUAAAAAAUGUCAGGGUUUUGGGUCAUUUUGAGAAGCCUCUGUUUCUGGAGCUGUGUCGCCACAUGGUGUUUAUUGAGCUGCAGGAGGGUGAAAGUUUGUUCAGGCCUGGAGAUGAUGAUGACAGCAUUUAUGUGGUCCAGGAUGGUCGAAUUGAGCUCUGCAUCCAAGAGAGUGAUGGCACUGAACCAGUGGUGAAAGAUGUGCUCCCUGGAGACAGUGUCCACAGCCUCCUUAGUAUUCUGGACAUCAUUACUGGUUAUCCGGCUCCAUAUAAGACUGUAUCCACACGAGCUGCAACUCGGUCCACCAUUUUACGUUUACCAGCAUCAGCUUUUGAGUCGGUUUUUAAGAAAUACCCAGAAACACUUGUGCGCGUCAUUCAGAUAAUCAUGGUGCGCCUCCAGAGAGUGACCUUUUUGGCAUUACAUAACUAUCUGGGUCUAACGACUGAGCUCUUCAAUCCGGAGAGUCAGGCUGUGCCUUUGUCCAAUAUUAAUAAUGUGAUGGCUGAGACAAAUUCAGGGAAGAUGACUCGUCGUCUUCACUUCCAGGACGAGUUACCUGCUAUUGCUACCGACAGCACCUCAGAAUCAGAUGGUGUAAAGGACAGUCCUUCAAACAGCUGCAGGAGGCUGCGAUCCAUCUCAGUGCCCACCGACAGCACAGGAAAUGACCUGAACAUGGCUUGUGAACGAGCUCGAGUCACGAUAGAGGAGGCUCCACCCAGUCCUGUCACUCACAAAUCCAGCCUGAAGAAGAAUGUGACAAUGCAGCACACACCAUCUGAAGUAUAUUACUAUACCGACAGUGGAGGGCAGUCUGAUGCUGUCUACCUCAGUAAGGGCAACGCAAUCCUCCAGGCAGCUAAGAGGGACCUUCUGGGAGUCAUACAGCUGCAGGACCCGAGUCUUCUUGAGGGAAGAGUGACUCUUCACCAUGUCAAAGCUGGUUCUAUGGUAGCUCGUCAAGGAGACCAGGAGGUGAGCAUCCAGUUUGUGAUUUCAGGCCUCCUCCAUGUUUACCAGAGGAUGAUUGAUCGUGAAGAAGACACACGCCUGUUUGUAACACAUCCUGGCGAACUUGUUGGUCAGCUUGCUGUCUUGACCGGAGAGCCGCUCAUUUUUACUGUUCGAGCUCAGCGAGACUGCAGCUUCCUCUCAAUUUCCAAAACCCACUUCUACGAGAUAAUGCGUGUGGAGCCUAAAGUAGUUUUGAAUGUUGCUCACACGGUAUCGAGGAGGAUGUCUUCUUUUGUCAGACAGAUAGACUUUGCUUUGGAUUGGAUGGCUGUGGAGGCUGGCAGGGCUGUUUACAGGCAGGGAGAAAAAUCGGACAGUACUUUCAUAGUGCUAAGUGGUCGACUGCGCUCAGUCAUCAUGAAAGAGGAUGGCAAAAAAGAGCUGAUAGGAGAAUAUGGACGCGGGGACUUGAUCGGAGUGGUGGAGGCCCUGACUCAUCAGAACAGAGCCACCACUGUGCAUGCGGUACGAGAUUCUGAGCUGGCCAAACUACCAGAGGGGGCCCUCAGCUCCAUCAAACGGAAGUUUCCACAGGUUGUCACUAGAUUGAUCCACUUACUUGGUCAGAAGAUACUCCAGCAGGUCAACGGUCCUCUAACAGCUCGCAGUUUAGCCCUCCACACUCCAGGAAGUAAAUGGGAUGCAGGAAAUCAAGCCUCCAACCUGUCAACUGUGGCAGUUCUGCCGGUAUCAGAAGAAGUGCCUUUAACUGCUUUCACCCUGGAACUGCAGCAUGCACUCAUUGCUAUAGGACCCACACUUCUUCUGACCAGUGAUAUUAUCAAACAGAGGCUUGGAGCUGCAGCACUAGACAGUGUCCAUGAGUACCGUUUAUCCAGCUGGCUGGGCCAACAAGAAGACAUCCAUCGCAUAGUUCUUUAUCAGACUGACUACACACUGACCCCGUGGACACAGCGGUGCAUCCGUCAGGCUGACUGCAUCAUUAUUGUGGGACUAGGAGAGCAGGAUCCUGCUGUUGGAGAGCUGGAGCGCAUGUUGGAAGGAAGUGCGGUGCGUGCACAGAAGCAGCUGGUGCUGCUGCACAGAGAGGAUGGCCCUCCACCCCAAGGAACUGUGCACUGGCUCAACAUGCGAAGUUGGAUCUCCAGACACCUUCACCUCUCCUGUCCCCGCAGGGUCUUCUCUAAGAGGAGCCUGCCCAAGCUGUUGGAGCUGUAUCAACGUGUGUUUGAGAAACCAGCAGACCGCCAUUCUGACUUCUCUCGUCUGGCUCGCGUUCUCACAGGCAAUGCCAUUGCUCUUAUCCUUGGAGGGGGAGGAGCCAGGGGCUGCUCCCAGGUGGGUGUAAUGCGAGCGCUUUGUGAGGCCGGAAUCCCAGUGGAUUUAAUUGGCGGGACUUCAAUCGGAUCCCUGAUGGGGGCACUAUAUGCUGAAGAUCGUAGCCACGUUCGCAUGAGGAUAAGGGCCAGAGAAUGGGCAAUGGAAAUGACUUCAGUAUUUAAGAAGGUUCUGGAUCUGACAUAUCCAGUGACUUCCAUGUUUUCUGGUGCUUCCUUCAACUCAGGCCUGAGCAAUGUCUUCCAGAGCAAACAGAUCGAGGACUUAUUGAUCCCAUACUUCAACAUCACAACAGACAUCACUGCUUCGGCUAUGAGAGUGCACACUGAUGGUUCUCUGUGGCGGUAUGUCCGUGCCAGCAUGUCUCUAUCAGGAUAUUUGCCUCCUCUUUGUGACCCCAAAGAUGGACACCUGCUGAUGGAUGGAGGUUACAUCAACAACCUGCCUGCUGAUGUGGCACGCUCCAUGGGGGCUAAAGUGGUGAUAGCCAUUGAUGUGGGCAGUCGGGAUGAAACCAACCUAACUAAUUAUGGCGACUCGCUCUCAGGCUGGUGGUUGCUAUGGAAACGUUUCAACCCUCUAGCUGAAAAAGUGAAGGUGUUGAACAUGGCAGAGAUUCAGACCCGCCUGGCCUACGUAUGCUGCGUGAGGCAACUGGAGUCUGUUAAGAACAGUGACUACUGCGAGUAUAUUAGACCUCCGAUUGACAGAUACCGCACUCUGGAAUUUGGCAAGUUUGAUGAAAUAGCUGAAGUGGGAUACCAGCACGGCAAAACUGUGUUUGAUGUGUGGAGUCGCAGUGGUGUGAUUGAGAAAAUGUUGAAAGACAGACACCAAGAGGAGUUCCACAACACGCAGAGCAAGAACAAUGUGUUGACAUGUCCAAAUGCAUCCUUCACUGACCUGGCGGAGAUUGUGUCUCGUAUUGAGCCUGUCAAGCCUGCUCUUGUGGAUGAAGAGUCAGACUACCAUACUGACUAUGAAGAGGAGGCUUUGGAGAGCGCUCUGUCUGACAUGGAGAUAUACAGUCACUACGGCGAGCACACUGAAGGGGAGGAGACUGCUGACACGGAUGAUGAGCUGGUGGGGAGACAUACCCACCCUAUUACCCCAUUCACCAGCAGCAAUCCUCCAACCGUGGACCACAAUCCAUCGGAAGAACUGACAAACCAGCAAGUCCAUUCCAAACAGUCCAUUAAGUAAGGACUGGACUGAUGAACUCUGCCUGAACAGGUCAUUACAGUUAAACCUGUCUUCAUUUACCACAUUUUACCCUUCAGUCUGUUGCUGAUAACUCUACUUGUAAACCUGCUCUUGAGUGCAAUUACCACUUUGACUUCUGUAGCCUGGUCUUGUUAGCUGUGUGGCUGACGUAACAAAUGGACAGUCCCUUAAACAGAAUACAAGCAACUAGUGUCUAUCUAGCAGUCAUGUAUUCACAGUUGAGCUGCAUAGCCUAAUCAUUUCUCAUAUUGAGAUAGUUACAUUUACCUCUUAAAGCUUUACAUGAGUCCAAUCUGUCUGGUAGAAGAUGAAAAACAGGGCUGGUGAAGAGACUAUUUCCAUGAAAUACUCAUCACUAGGAUCCAUGUGAAAACUUUGCAUCUGCCUUUGAGGUAGUAAAAGGGCCAGGCCAUCUGAAUAACAGAAUUAUUUUUUAAUUUCUCUUGUUUAAACUGAUAUUUCAGCAUGACUACUCCCCUCUUUUACUCUAGUGUAGUGAUACUAGUUUUUCUUCAGUAUUCUAAAAAAAAAAGACACUCAAUCACAGGUGUUUGGGCUAGCAGAAAUAUUAGAAACAUGUAUUUUGAAGUUGGAAAAGUUACACCAAACUAUUUGCAUGAAUGAAAAUCAUUUGAUUAAAAGGAACUAUAAUAAUUCACAUGAUUUUGUUUACUCAGACGAUUUCAGUAUAUUUAACCAGGGCUAUUUUAAAGGACAGCUUCAGACUUUUUAAAUUUUUUUUUUUCUUAAUAUACUUUCAAAUGUGUCUUAGUUAUAAGCUGCUAAUCAUUCAUCUCCUUUUGGACUCGAGUGUGAGAGAAAUGGGUAUGUUAGAACAAUGUAUAAGCAAUUACUGACAUGAGAAACUGUCUUUCAAUCCUGCUUUUGUUAACACAGGAUUUGCCAUAAAAAGAAGUGUUGUAACCAGAUCUAAAGGUAAAAUGAACUCUGCCUUAAAUGUUGCUGUUUGAUACCAAGUAGGGAUUUUUGCACAGUUGCAUCCCAUAACCAUAAGUGAACAAGUUCAUGCAAACAGACCACAGCACAGUGUCUUGAGGGGUUUCACCAGUGCCCAUUAAUAGGUGCAAGCAGUGGAGACGCUACAUGUAAUUUUAAUCGCUUGCAGAGCAAACAGAGUGCAAACAUGGAGCAUCUUUGACACAUCUCAGACUGUCCUGUUUUUUUUCCCACUUCCACGAAACUGAUGUUUACACACACAUACAGUGCUCUUAUGUUCAUUUAUAGCAAAUUAUGAUCAGAAAACAAAUUCCAGAUUUUUUUUUUUGUUCCUUUGCUGAUUGUGGGUUGUUGGUGAGCUAAAUAGAAAUGCUUGGCAACCUUUUAAAAUUAAAUUUUCCAACUUCUGCCACUUUGCUUUCCGAAGUGAUCAAGGCACACAGGUGAGGAGGGAACACUAAAUAUUUGAUCCUCAAAGGGAGGAUGCUUACAUUCCUAAAAUAAAGAGAGCUUUUUUCCCCACUUAUCUCUUUGUAGUAAUUCUUGCCAAACUCGAUUGCCAAACCAUGUUCAUUUAAAAGAGCACAAAACAGGUUACACAGUCUGUGUUCGCAGCUGUCAGUCCAGUUUUGUUGUACUCAGUGUGCCAAGGGCAUGUAGAGCAUAAUGACUUCAGACCCCUUCAAUGCAAUAGUUUCCCUUUUAACUGACAAAUGACCCCCCCUCACCCCCCACCCCCCUGUUUUGUUAUUUGUGUUGAAUAUAUGAGACAUGGCUGAAAAUGUGACUCUGAGGCUCAGUGGUUAGUUUAUGCACAAGGGCCAUCACUGGACUGUCUAACACAAUUAGGUUUGGUUAUUUUUCCUUGUAGCGAUAUAUCAAUGAGAAAUUUGAGUUGCGUGUAAUAUCUUGUUUAUUUUGUUUCCGUAUAUUUGUUAUUUACCAAAAAACGAAUGUAUACAGUAGGUGCACAGUAUAAUCUAACUCAUAGAUGGUUAUAUGCACUUCACAAAAACUGGGUAAUCAUUCCAGACUGUAAUUUAAUACACAACUGAUUGAAUGAUUGUAUAGCUUUAAUUAACAUGCAUCUGUAUAGCACUAGUUCAUAAUUGUGGUUACAUCUUGGGCUGGAACUGGUAAUUUUCUAUGUUAAUUACUGUGAUGAUUAUUUGUGGCGACUAAUAAACUAACUUUGUGUUAAAUAAAACUAUAGAAAAUGGGGUAAAAUCAAUAUCACAAAAUCUCUGUUAAAAAAUAGUCAGUGACCCAAAGAUAAUCAGAUAAUUUGAAUUAUUAUAGAAAGAAAUUCAGCAAAUUCACAUAAUGGUGAUGGACAACAAUGUAAUAAUGAAUUAAUAAAGAGAAAAGAUUAAAAAAGAGGGGUGCAUCCCAAAACUAAGAAGUUGUGACGAAUACAACAAAGUAUGGCGAUUCAAACUUGGAAAAUAAAUAAAUAAAUAUUGUUAAAUUAACAAAAGUAACAAUUCUGUUGCUCUUACAGUAUCCUAAGCUUGUCUUUGGAGUUUAUAUAUUGCAAUGGUUCACUUACUGGCCACACACGCAAAGUAUUUUUUCUAUUCAUGCACUAAUAUCAGCCAACCAGUUAACCUCUAAAACUAUUACAAUGCAAUUUUUUUUCUCCUUCUUGGAGUAGCACCCUGUACCUCUCACUGUAUGUGUCAUGUAAAUACUGCUGCUGCAGUGCCUGCAUCCUUGCAUGUGUGGACAGUAAAACAAAACGUGUGAUAAACACUAUGGGGGAGGAUGUACCCAUAUGGUGUCUGGACACGAUGUGUGAGCACACUGGAUAAGAAAAAUGUUGCUGUUUACCAAUGAGAUGAUGUGUUUUUUUUUUUUUUUUUUAAACGACCCAAGCACAAUGCAUCAGUGUCAUUUGGCAGAAUGAGCAUUUCACUAGUUUAUUAAAUGGGUCAUGGUAAUGGAUGAAGUGCUGAUGUAAUGAAUGAAGCUGUGUCAUUAAGUUAAUGCAACAAAGCCUUACUGAUGAAGUAUGUGUAAAAAAACAAAACUCGUGCCCUCAUUUGACUCUUUUCCAUGAUUAUUUUGUACAAGAAUGUUUACCAAUAAGCCUAUAAUGUGAUAUUGUCUGUUUUUGAGUUGUUACUAAUAAACCACUGUUUGUUGUGUA